AUGCGCCCAUCACUCCGUCGGGCGUGCGCCGCUUGCGCCAAGUACAAGGCGAGCUGCGACCUUGGCACACCGCGUUGUUCCCGAUGCAUUAAACGGAGGGUUGAGUGCGUAUACGCGAACCAGCCGCUCCCGUCAACACAAGCACCAAGCAGGGCCCCAGCCGGUCAGAGCCAGUGUCGACCAUUAUCCAUACCGCCGUUUGAACAAGUCGCGAAAAUAAACGACCGGUUCGGCUCCGUCGAUCCGUUCGAGUCAUAUCCGCCGACUAGGCUCCCUAGGACCCAUGUCCAGCGUCUCAUCCACAGCUUCCUCCACAAAAUCGCGUUUGAAUACUACCCGCUCGACCUGAGCGCAACCUCAAAUCCAUUUCUCGUGUCAUGGUGGCCCCUUGCACUGGGCGAUCCGGCGCUCUUUCACGUCUCGCUGCAGACAGCAUGUCUUGACGAAGAGCUCCUCGCCCAGAAGGGCUUCCAUGCGUCGGAGAUCUUGAUGGCUGAUUCGGUCGCGCUGCUGAGACGGAAGGUUCUUUACCCGUCUCUUGCCGUGCAGGACGGGACCAUGAACUCAGUGAUCACGUUGGCUGCUAUUGAGUUUGGCAAGGGCAAUAUCCUGACGAGCCAGAUGCACGUUGACGGAGUGAAGAGGCUUGUUGGUAUGAGAGGUGGGAUCAAUGCAGUGCGGCAGACGAGUCCGUUGACGGCGAGGAUGAUCAGCUGGGUAUCAAUGCUGGUUAUGGGCCACCCACAAUUUCCCACGCAGGACGACCAGGGCAUUGGGGACGGCAUACCCCUAGUGCCGGAAUGGCAGGUUGAUUUGAUGUCAAGCUCUCACCCCAUCAACAAUCCAGACCUUCUUGGAGUUCUAGAUCUCACAACUGACCCCCAAGUUCGUGGCGUUUUGAUCCGUCUCCGCGCGGCAUUUGACAGAGCUCAGCAGGCACCCUUGUCAAGUACGAGACUUCAUGACCUGACCUGCUUCGUGAUUCAUCGAUUACUCCUGUCCGCUCCGGACGCCACCGGGUUGGCAGUUCCAGAAUCGCCCAUUACAGAAAGCAUUCGCUAUGCAGUCAUUCUGUAUAUGUUCAUUAUCCACGGGCCAACGUACUACUCGCACGCUGUGAUCAUGGGCAGCGUUGUCGCUCGACUGGUCAAUGCCCUUGCGCAUCUCGAUGAUUCUCCUCGAGCUCAGGAGUAUGUACUGCUUGAUGUCUGGAUUACCGCAAUCGGUCUCGUGGCUUCAGCGAAUACGCCGCAUACUCUCUGGUUCGCGAAGAAAGCACAAAGCUUAGUCGAAUCCCUGCAGCUGCAGAGCUGGGAUGAUGUCCUUCUGCAUCUGAGGGGUGUUCUGUGGUUGGAGACGGGGCAUUGUGAACAGAUCUUUCGACUGUAUUGGGAUCCUGUCCUUGCCGCAAUACCUGCAUACCAAGGCCCGGAGGCUAAUUUAGUUGAUAUGAGUAUCCCACUUACCUGGGCUCCGUUGGGAAGACUCAGAGUUGAGAGUUAG